CGGGCGUGUAACGGCCGUUGGAGAGCUGAGGGACGGAGUCACCGCCCGUGGUCGACGUGGUGACUGCAGUUGGUAUCCCUGAGUGAGGCAUUUCGCCGUCCGCUUUCAGGCCCACUUGGCUCAGAUAACUGUUGAUGGCCAUGCAGGAAAAAUAUCCAAGUGAGAGGAACUCGCAUGCUACUUCACCAGCUUCCAGUGUGAUUCAGAAAGGCAGUUCUCUGGGUUGUGAAUGGCAGACCCCGGUUAUCUCGGAGGCCUUUCGGAGCCGCUUCAGUCGCUGUUCAAGUGCUACUGACAGUGGAGACACAGCCAUUGGCACAUCGUGCUCAGACAUGGCAGAGGAUUUUUGCAGCUCGAGUAGCAGCCCGUCUUUCCAGCCCAUCAAAAGCCACGUAACCAUUCCAACAGCCCAUGUGAUGCCUUCUACUUUGGGGACUUCUCCUGCUAAGCCAAAUUCUACAUCUGACAGACCCUCUUCCUCUAAAAUCCCUUUAUCAGGAUUGGCUGAAAGUGUGGGGAUGACAAGAAAUGGAGACCUUGGUGCAAUGAGACGUUCUCCAGGCCUGUCUAGAGACUCCAUGUAUCUUUGUGGUGCCGCUGGAGAAACUGGAAUUGAGCAGUCUUGGUUUCCAGCAGUGGGCCAUGAACGGGAAGAAGAGAUGAGGAAGUUUGAUAUUCCCAAUAUGGAGUCUACCUUCAAUCAGUCGGCAAUGAUGGAGACACUUUAUUCAGAUCCUCGCUACAAAGCCCACUUCCACAACCUAAGAACUGACCCAAACAAGGAGUUAUACAAAGUGUUGCCUGAGACCAAGAAGGCACCAGGCAGUGGGGUGGUAUGUGAGCGGAAUGGACUACACCCUAGUAGCAGUGGGUUGCUCCCUUUGGGUCUUCAGCCUGCUCCUGGGCUCUCCAAGCCUCUACCCUCUCAGGUGUGGCAGCCAAACUCUGACCCUUGGCAUCCUCGUGAGCAAUCUUGUGAGCUCAGCACUUGUCGGCAGCAUCUGGAGUUGAUUCGUUUACAAAUGGAGCAAAUGCAGCUUCAGAAUGGAAUCACUUGCCACCAUCCCACUGCUUUUGCUCCUUCACUGCCCACAUUAGAACCAGCACAGUGGGUCAGCAUCUUGAACAGUAAUGAACACCUUCUGAAGGAAAAGGAGCUCCUCAUUGACAAGCAGAGGAAACACAUUUCUCAGCUGGAGCAGAAAGUGCGAGAGAGUGAACUGCAAGUCCACAGUGCCCUUUUGGGCCGCCCUGCCCCUUUUGGGGAUUUCUGCUUGCUAAGGCUACAGGAAUUACAGCGAGAGAACACUUUCUUACGUGCACAAUUUGCACAGAAGACAGAAGCCUUGAAUAAAGAAAAGAUCGAGCUUGAAAGGAAACUCUCUGCCUCAGAAGUUGAAGUCCAGCUCAUCAGAGAGUCGCUCAAAGUGGCGUUGCAGAAGCAUUCAGAGGAGGGGAAGAAACAGGAAGAAAGGGUCAAAGGUCGUGAUAAGCAUAUCAAUAAUUUGAAAAAGAAAUGUCAGAAAGAAUCAGAGCAGAAUCGGGAGAAGCAGCAGCGUAUUGAGACUUUGGAGCGCUACCUGGCUGACCUGCCCACCUUGGAAGACCAUCAGAAGCAGAGUCAGCAGCUUAAGGAUUCUGAGUUGAAGAACACAGAGCUACAAGACAGAGUGACCGAGCUGGAGAGUUUGCUGGAGGAGACCCAGGCAGCCUGCAGAGAGAAGGAGGUUCAGCUGGAAGGUCUAAGACAGCGAGAAGCCGACUUCUCCACUAGACAUAGCCUGCAAGACAAGCAGUGCGUUGAGGCCAGUGGAGAAAGUCCAGCCCAACAGGAAGAGUGCCCGAAGGUGGAAAUGGAGUCCUGCCAAAAGGAGUGUGCUUCCCUGCGGAAGAUUGUGGAAAACCAACAGCAGAAGAUGGAUCACUUGCGUUCAAAAGUACAGAGCCUACAGCAGCAAGUGGCUCAAGAAGAAGGAACAAGCCAAGCCCUGAAAGAGGAGGCCCAGCGGAGGGAGACGGCCCUGCAGCAGCUCCGCACAGCUGUGAAAGAGCUUUCAGCACAGAACCAGGACCUGAUUGAAAAGAAUCUGACGCUUCAGGAAUACCUGCACCAAGCUCAACCAGGGUCCCCAUCUUCACCAGACACAGCCCAGCUGGCAUUUGAGCUGCACCAGGAGUUGGCCAGUUGUCUUCAAGAUCUGCAGGCUGUCUGUAGCAUUGUGACCCAGAGGGCCCAGGGCCAUGACCCCAAUCUCUCCCUGCUCCUGGGCAUUCACUCUGCACAGCACCCAGGGACUCCACUCGAUUUACAGAAACCGGAUGUAAUCAGGAGGAAAUUAGAAGAGGUUCAACAGCUGCGCCAUGACAUCGAGGAUUUAAGGACCACCAUGUCAGAUAGAUACGCCCAGGACAUGGGAGAAAACUGUGUCACGCAGUGAGGAAUGCUGGGUGUGGGACAGGUUGUAUUCCCCAAGGGAGGAUCUGGUCUGCUGAGAGCACAGUCCAGCAGGCCCUGCCCUGACAGUCUCUUGCCUCCUGUGUGCUGCUAUUCCCAGAGAAAGUGUGGAAGGGAGGUAAGAGCCUCCAUGUGGGGCCAAGGGCUACCUAGGGAACUGUGACCGCUCUGUCACUUGCUGGCUUUGCCUUGUUGGAUUGCAUUUGUCCUAUCAUCCUGAUUCACCCUUUGAAGGUGAGUUAUGAUUAACUUUUGCAGGUCACCUGGUAAGUCCUCACAAACUAUUUCAAGCCUCAGACUGACCUCAAAGACAAACAGGCUUCUCACCUCCCUUCUGCAUCCUUUAGGGUGGAUCCACAUUCAUUCCGGAUCCAUACCUUGGUCCGGCUGAUGCACAGAUUUUGUUAGAGGGCCUUGAAAGGCCGAGUACCAGUAACAGUGGUCAUUUGAGAAUUCUCAAGCCUCGUGUGUCAGCCUUCCUGGGAGCUGGGCUAGCUCCGGGGUUUGCUUAGGCCCAGUCCCACUGCUUCUUCCUCAGGGCUCUUGUCCUCCCAGACACCUCAGGGUGAUCUGUUCAUUAGCCAAGUACCUACUAGAAUUGGGGGCCUAAGGAUUAUAGGCUCCUUCAUCUGUGCCAUUUUGCAGGAGACCCCACUCUCCAGCUGCCCUGAGGCCUUGGGGCCCUGGCCAUAUGUUUAGCACAGCCCCUUUCUCCUUUAUUCUCAGGCCGUCCAGGUAGCCCCCUUCUUGGACUUGGAGUGCAAACUCCUUUGUGGUUCUGGGUUUAGGCAGGAUUUCCCCCCAGGAUGCCCCAGGUCAACUGUCAAGCUGCUCACCCUCUCACCCUGGGGCAGGGGCCCCUGCCCAGACCUGAUUUGUGCCUUUUGUGUUGGGUGCGUGGGGUUCCCUUUCCCGCUCUGGGCUCCUUGAGAGUUCAGAGUGCCCAGUACAGGUUUUAAGGUACACUUCAGUGUUUUCUGGGGUGUUGUUGUUUCUCUAGGGCCUCUGGGCUUUCUGUUUUUUGUUGCCUCCUAUUGAGGGGGCAUCUCACAGAUGUUUUUAUCUGGUUGCCGGGCUGGCCCCAGGCCGCCUCUAGAGCCGGAGCCAGGCCAGGCGGAGGCCGUGUGUAGGAAUGGGGAGCAGUGAGCAGUUCAGGAGCCACCGUGGAGUUCUUGCUGAGCUUUGGGCUGUCAGGGAAACAUCCUGGACCUCACUGCUGGGCCUGAAUGAGACCCGUUAAGUGUUUUUACAAAUUGUGUUUUAUUUAUGCAGUGACUUGUCCCUUCCAUUCAGAGCAGCCCCACCCAGCCAUCCCUCAGCCUCUGGGCUCCUGCCUCCCGAAAGCAGAACUGCCUGGUUGGUCUCCACCCUGUGCUGGGAGCUCAGCCACCAUGCUCACGGGUAUUUUUCUUCAUAAAGUUUAUAAGCAGUUAUUUAUAUGAACUCUUGUUAUGUCAACUGGUUUGUAUUGCCUAUUUUGAUUACAAAAUAAAAAUUUAACAGAC